AUGGAGGUGAACCUCUCUGUCUUGCUCGUCGUCUUCGCCGUAUACCUGGUCUCCCCAGUGGUGGAUGCUGGUGGACUCGGUUACGGUGGCGCUAGCUAUGGUGGCCUGGGCUAUGGAGGCCUCGGAUACGGAGGUGGUGGCUACGGAGGUCUUGGCUACGGAGGCCUCGGUUAUGGCGGCUACGUUGGCGUGGGCGGAGUUGGCGUGGGUGGUGUUGGUGUUGGCAGUAGCGUUGCUCUCCUUAGUGGCGGACCUGUCUUUGCCAAGGCGGUGGCUGGACCAGCUUUUGUUGUCAGGACCAUUCACCACGUCAACAAAGUCAGUGCUGGAGGUGCCCUCCUCGCUCACUCUGGCCUCGGAAGUGGAUACGGACGCUACGGCGGAUAUGGAGGCUACGGCGGAUAUGGAGGAUACGGUGGCUAUGGAGGUUAUGGCGGCGGAUAUGGGGGCUACGGCGGCUACGGCGGCUAUGGAUACAAAGGCUAA